AUGUUCACGCGCGACACGAAAGGCGCCCCGGCGACCCCGGUCGCGGGUGACACCCGGAACGUGAACAAACCAAAGCAGUUGUCCUCGUUGACGCGCACGGCAAGUCUGAGCCGUUCCUCCCUUCACACAACGCCGAUCGCGGAAUCGACGCACAUCGGGCUGUUCGGGAGCCCGGGCCCUAGCAUCGGAGCCUCGCGCGGGGAAGGAGUGUGGAACGGUAGCGCCGGCGCCAGCGCCAGCACCAGCACAGGGCAGUUCAAGCGCAAACCCACCUCGCCCCUGUCGAACAGCAGGACUCUGUUCAAAAGCAGCAGCAAUCUCUCGAUCUUUGGACGUACAAAUUCGCAGGUUUACACCGACGCCCAGAGCCCGGGACUGGUGAACCGAUUGGUGCGUUACUACGACCGUGAGCAAUCCAACGGUGCGAUGAACCGUUCGCACUCGCUGUCGAGCGUGUACAACAAACCCGGCCAGUUCCCGGUGGUGCAUCUGCGCAAACAGGAACUCCGCUACGGGCUGGGUGGUAGGCGGAAGGGUAACCUGAGCACGUUCCGUAUCCCGCCACCGGAGCAGUCCGUGUUUCAGGUUACCAAACGCAGCAGCAUUUUGCGCACCGGUUCGCUCCUUAUGCCCGGUGGCAGUGAAACACAAAGCUACGGUUCUUCUCCGUUCGGUGUCCGAGGAACGGCAACUGUGGGUGGCGUUCUGCAGAGGAGUACUACUGCGAAGCCGCCGCCGCUACCGGCCACAGCUGGCCCCGGAUGCGAUGAGUCGGAUGUCGAAAACCGGGUCAUAACACCGUGCGCCGAACCGGAAGCGACCCCGACGAGGAGUGUGCUCGAUGCGCUGAAGGAAAUCUCUCGUAAGCGCAUCAACAGCGAGGAGCUAGACGCGGACCGGAUUAAGAAACAGUGCAAGGAACUGUCGGAGUUGGAUGCGGCAGGCAGUGGCCCACCAUCGGCGACCGCUGCUGUUGCUACGGGCACUUUGGGACUUGCGGCCAAGCGUAGCCGAGAGCAAGCGUCGUCCACGGGCUGUGGCAGUCCCUCGUCUCCUUCAGACGGUUCCGGUGGCACUAUCGCGGCCGGUGAACAGCAAUCGCUAAAGAAGCGGUUCUGCAGCAAAAACAAUGACAUUCUCAGUUCGCUCAGUUCGAGCCUCGUAGCAGUCCACACGCCAAAACAGCGCGUCAUAGCGCCGCGUGCCGAACGACGCCUGCAAUUAACCGUUGGGUCACCGUCGUUAUCCGCAUCGUUGCUCAGUUCGAUGCCGACGUCCUCCUCGACACCUCUUUCAGAGGCAACCGGACUUCCUGGCAGUAGUGGUUCCCUUCGAGUUGACCGGGAGCUGGCGGAUGCUGGCGGCGGCAGUGAUAGUGGCAGCGGUGCGUUGCAAAACGCAAAAUCAACACCCCUAUCCGUGCCACCAUGGCCUCACCGAACGGGACCAUCGGCAUCGACGGACAGUCCUCAGCCAGAUCACCGGGUACCACCAAAGAUAACGCUGUUCAAUCGGCCGUACGAUGCAAAGGCGUCGCCGAAGACGGCGCCACGAGUGACAGUGACCAGUGAUGGUGAAGAGGACGAAGGUGCUGAAGGCGGUGGCCGGGUGCACUUUGUGAAGCCGAAGGAAAAAUCUGCAUCAGGAAUAUCCGGGUCCGGUGGAACGGCCAGUAGUGAUCCGCUCAAGAAACCGCCGCCCUCGAAGCUGUCCGUUAUGCUGAAGUGUUUGAGCGGUGACUUGGGAGAGGACGACGAAGAAGAAGAAGAGGAAGUCGUGCAAGAAGUGGCAACAAUGACGCCGAAAACACCGCAAGCAACGGCGGUGUCUGGUAGCGGAACAGUGUCAGGAAUCAAGUCUGCUUUCGCUUUCACAACCCCGAAGGACACAGUAGACGCACCCAAGUUAAACAAAGCAGGAAAAUCAGAAACUUCUAAAGCACCUACAGUGAACCAGUCGACGCCAACGGCAACAUCGCCCGGCGACGGAAUAUCGGCACUACUGAAUAAUCCGAUUAAAGACGCCGGUCUAGGAAAGACCGUGACACAGCAGCCGGAAAAGAGCGCGGUUUUGUCAACUCCACAAAAGGAGGCCACGCUCGGCACGAAAACAUCGACUGCGAAACCAGCAGAGGUUGGCCAGAAACAAGUUGCCUUUACAUUCGGCCCAACGCCACUCUCCACGGCAUCGGCAACGGUAACAGCAACAACAGCAGCGACCGACGCGCAGGGAACAAACACACUGACCUCAUCGGCUGCACCCGUCAAUUCACCGGUCAACCCGACAACAACAUCCGCAGCAUCAUCGACACCAGCCCCAGCAGCGACCUUUAGUUUCGGAACGCCAACUGCAAAGACCUCGAUGCCCAGCGGAGCAGCACCAACCCCGGGCAAUCUGAUUUCCUUCUCUCCCGCUCCAGGAGGAUUCGGUGCGACCUCGAACACCACGCCCAUGUUUGGUGCAAAACCUACUUCACCGGUGGUGCAGUUUGGUGCGGGAAAUGCCACCACAACGACAACGGCAGCUCCAUCGCAAACUCCCGCUGCUGCAUCCUUGUUUACAUUUGGAGCUUCUGCUACUGGCAGUGCUGCUGCAACCACCAGUACCACCUUAGCGACCUCGGCCACGACUCCAACCUUUGGUAAAAGCACUUUUAGUGCGUUCAAAUCCCCAUUGGCCACUUCCAGUGCUUCCCCUUCAACGACCGUACCGACGACGACGACGACGAAUGUUGUCGGAAGUGGAACAUUUUCGGCUGCACCGGAAACAACCUCCCCAAGCACGUUUUCCUUCGGUGCUGUGGUGUCCUCUUCCAGUACUUCGACAGCCCCGGCGCCCCCGGUGUUUGGUUCCACGGCAGCUCCAUCAACCGGAAGUACCUUCACCUUCGGAGGUACGGUCAAACCAAGCGUUCCGACUACUACUGCAACGCCUGCAACGGCAGCUUCCGGUGCAUUCACAUUCGGUGCCGUUGCCAAAUCGACAGCGCCGGGUGUUGCUCCAUCCAGUGCAACGUUGUCGCCGAGCACAUUUUCCUUCGGAGGCACUCCUGCAUCACUUCCGGCCAGCAGUAAUACCAUCAGCAAGACAGCUACAAGUGUGCCGGCUACGUUUACUUUCGGUGGACCAAAGGCGGCAGAAGCAACGGCAACUAGCGAAACAACAAACCUGUUCGCAGCUUCCGCUCCGAACGUGUUCGGUGCAUCCUUGGCUUCCUCCGGUAACAAUCCUCAAGCAACAGCAGCGGCAGCGGCACAGGGAGCAGCUCCUGCGGCGGCGAAUCUUUUUGCCGUUGCAUCCCAAACAGCCCAAUCGGCAACAGCUAGUGCCGCAUCGUCCACUUCCAUCUUCGGUGGAUCUACAGUAGGCAUACCUACGGCGGCCGGUACCAAUGCUCCGUUGCCUUUCACGUUUGGUGCCAAAAGCACCACCCCAGCCACGGCGCCCACGGCACUUCCGAAUGGACAAAAUCUGUUCGCUUCGCCCUCGACCGGAACUUCUAACACAGCCGCUUCCGCUGCAUUAUUCACUUUCGGGUCGCAAAACUCCAACAAUUCGGCCACACCAAACCCGAACGUAGCGGCAACCAACAGUGCACCACAAGGGGUCGGCAACGGCACAACUACACUGGGCUCAACGUUCGGGGGCAAUUCGGGAUUGCAAAACAGCAACCAAACACAACCGGCGACCACUAAGGCACCCUUUACAUUCGGUGCAACAGCAAAACCGUCGGCACCUGGAAGUGGCAUUUUCGGCGGCCAACCACCAGCAUUCGGUGCAACGCAAUCGGCCGUUCCAACGUUCGGAUCCGGCUCCACUGGUGGUUCAAUUUUCGGAAGCGCCGCCACCAAUACGGGUUCGGCGGGAGCCACGGCUCCGGCCAAUAUUUUUGGCUCAUCGACACAGCCGGUUAAUGGAGCACCGAAUGGACCCACGGCGCCAUCCGGUCCCAGUGGUGGUGCUCUUUUCACGUUCGGAGCCACCAACAAUGCCAACAGCGGUAUUGGUGGAUCUGCAACGGUUGGCAGCACAUUUGGAACACCCGUCGUCGGCAAUGGUAACACGUUCGGUCUCACGAAUGGCUUGGGCAGUGGCCAACAACAACAGCAACAACAGUCCCAGCAGCCACAGCAGCCACAGCAGCCACAGUCGAGCAAACCGUUUACGUUCGGUGCGGGCACAGUAGCCACGGCACAAACAGCAGGGCCGACACCCGGAGGGUUUAACUUUAAUCUCGGUUCCAACGUGCAGUCGAGUCCUGUGGCCAAACCGUUCGCCUUCGGUGGUGGUGGCGCUGCUGUUGGUGGUACUAAUGUAGCUAGCAGCAAUCCACCGAUGUUCGGUGCUCCGCAACCGCAACCGUCGGCCGGUUCUCCGUUCACGUUCGGUGCCAGCAACAACACACAGCAACCAGCGGCCAACACGUCCGGUGGACCGUUUACGUUCGGUUCCACGCAAAUCUCGGGUCCGGCAGGAGGGCCGCCGCCAAAUGUGGUGUUACCGUUUAGCUUUUCGGCCGGCAAUGUGGCCACCGUAGCACCGCAGCCUCAGCAGCGACAGCAAGCGGACGGUGCUCCGGCACCGUUCACGUUUAAUGCCGCCGGCCGUGGAUCAUUCGGAGGGGUCGCUGGUGCACCCGUCGGUGGUGCACCGACGUUUGGUGGGGCACCCGUCUUUGGUGCCCCGACCGGUAUGCCAACGUUCAGCAUCGGCACCAACUCGACCCCGAACGGACCACCGGCCGGGCAACGGCGCAUCAAAACCGCCACCCGCCGUAUCAAGUGAC